UCUAUUCCAGGGUAAAGCGGAAAGUUUAAGUGACGAAACUUUGGAGUUUGGGUUUAGAGAGCAUUUUGUGGGGUUUAUAUAGAAUUUCCCUUGGCAAAAGUAGGCAAAAUACAGAAGAAAAGCUCAAAGCAGGCAAAUACAACGGAGUCUCGUGGGUAGCAGACCGAAUAGAAUGCAAUCGCAGCAGCAGAAGAUGAAGAUGAAGAAGAAUUUCAGAAAAAGAAACGCGCCCGCUGAGGAUAACCAAGAUUCUGAAAAAAUCAGUGACCAGGAAGAUGAAGAAGAAGAAGAGAGGAGAUUGGCGCUGGAGGAGGUGAAAUUCCUGCAAAAGCAGAGGGAGAGGAAGUCUGGGAUUCCUGCCUUAACUAGUAAUGGUGCGACGCAGAACAUUCCUAGUACUACUAAUAACAACAACAAUAGUAACAAUAAUACUAACCUUGAUAAGAACAAGAGAGGAAGCGACGGCACUCAUUCUCCUAGUAAUAAGCACGGUGAAGGUGGUGGCGGAGAUGGAGACAAAGAUGAUUUAGUUCUCCAAGAUACCUUUGCUCAGGAAACUGCCGUCAUGGUUGAAGAUCCCAAUAUGUUGAAAUAUGUUGAACAAGAAUUAGCAAAGAAGAGGGGCAGGAAAAUUGAUGCUUCAGAUCAAGUUGAAAAUGAUUUAAAGCGUGCUGAAGAUGAGUUAUACAAGAUACCUGACCAUCUUAAAGUGAAAAGGCGAAACUCAGAAGAAAGCUCCACUCAGUGGACUACUGGGAUUGCCGAGGUUCAGCUUCCUAUUGAAUACAAGUUAAGAAAUAUUGAGGAAACUGAGGCUGCCAAGAAGUUUUUGCAGGAGAAGCGGCUCAUUGGGCAGACAAAAUCAGAAUUUAGCAUCCCCUCAAGUUACAGUGCUGAUUAUUUCCAGCGUGGCAGGGAUUAUGCUGAAAAACUUAGAAGAGAACAUCCUGAGCUCUACAAAGAUAGAAGUGCACAGGAUGAUGGUGGUGUUUCCAGACAAAAUGACACUGGUACAGAAGUGGCAGGGCAGAGGCAAGCUGCAACAGAUCAGUUCAUGCUUGAGCGCUUCCGCAAACGAGAGCGUCACCGUGUCAUGCGGAGGUAACGCUGCUCCAACAACAGUAAAAUGCCUAGAAUGGAAUUUAGGCUAAUAAAAAAGGAGUCAAGAAUGGUUUCUGCACUCAUUAUGCCAUACAACAUGUGAAAAUACGCUGUUUGUUGCAGUUUGUGUCACAAAGCUCAUUUUGUUGCAAAAGCAUCGUCCUAACUAGUUUUUGAUGUAAUAUCUAACAUUCUUUAGUCGACUUUGCCUGCUCAAAAGCUUGGUCUGUCUGAUGACAGCUGAAUGUGGAUGGUCUUUCCUGGAAGCAUGCUUGCAAUUUCUGUUUAGUUUGUAUCCAUCACUCAAGGGAGCAGACCAAAUCCAAGCUUUAAGAGCUUCAAAUGUUCUGGCUGCAUCCUCAUAAUUGUGUAACUAGAUGUGUUUGGUUUGUCUUAAGAAAUACCUUGAAAUUUUUUAAGGUGUAUGAUUGUUGAAGUAAUCACUCUCGAUAUAAUGCAAUCAAACAGUUUUGACUUCAA